CUGACCUUCCAUGGAAAAGCAGCUGUGGAAACUGACAAGGAGUGGCAAGUUUCUGAAAGUCGACGAGGAAUUAAAUUGAGGAGACCCGAAAUGCCUGGAAUUCAACUUUUGCGUCUCGAGGACGCUCAAGAUGAUUCACCUCAGGCACGAUCUUUGCUAAAGCUAUUUGAGACGGAUGCUGUACAGCUGAGUGGCUAUAUGAAGGGACUCUUAGAUGUUUGUAAAAAUGUUGUGGACUGCCAGAACGCACUAAAAAAUGCUACUCAGGCACUCUCUACAAAGCUUGGAGAAUUUGAAUCAUGGAAGUUUGAGCUUGGAAGAGAUGACAGCAUUCUUGUGUCUACCCUGAAACAGUUUGCUGGUAAUGUUGACCAGGUUAGCACAAUGCACUCCACUCUUUCAUCAUCGCUAGAAGAUACUGUGUUACAUCCUCUAUCAAGGUUUAUGAACAGUGACAUUGCAGAGAUUAUGAGCAUGAGAGAACUCUACAAAACUAAUCAACAUGAUCAUGAGGGUGUUCUGUCAAAGUAUAGUAAGGUAUCUAAGAAGAGAGAACAUGAAACCAAACAGUGUAUUGAGAUGAAUGAUGAACUCUACGCAUGUAGAAAGAAACUACAACAGACAGCCAUGAACUACUAUACCGCCCUCAACCUGUUGCAGUACAAACGCACCACAGCUCUCCUGGAACCUAUGAUAGGUUAUCUUCAAGCUCACAUGGCCUUUGUUAAGAUGGGACCACAGAUGUUCACAAGACAAACCGAAGAAUACCUCUCAGAUAUCAACACAAGUGUCCAGGGAGUCAUGACUGAAAUGAGUGUAACAUGUGAGAGGGCAAGAGAACAGGUUAGAGAGUUGGACACACAAAACCCAUACUACUACGUGCCUGAGCCAACCCCUGACCUCCAAAUGCCCCCAAAGAUCAUCAACAGGAAGAGAUAUCAGAUAGGGGGUUAUCUCUGGAUUAGAUUGAAAUCAGGCCUAAGUCAUCGAUGGGAAAGACAAUACUUCUUCAUUCAAGGAAGUAAUCUAAUGAGUCAAGCAAAAAGCGAUAUUGGAGGUCAUCUUGUCAUAGACCUAGAAGGAUGUUUUGUGCAGCCGUCAGAUGUUGAUGAUCGUCGAUUUGUCUUUCAUGUUCAAAAUAUACAGGAUCCAAAGAAGUCAGUCCAUCUUCAGACAAUGAGUACCCUUGAUAGAGAAGAGUGGAUCUGUACCAUCAGGAACAUCAACUCAGACUACAGUGCUGGAUCCGGGAGCAAUCGGGGUAGCAUCGUGAGUGAGGAUUCAGGAUCGGUCCCUGGGGUAAGCUCUGAUGGUAGUUCAUCAGGGAGUGUGACUGGGACCAGGUCAAAGAUCAGACCACUUCCACUUCAGAACAACUCAAAAGGAAUAAAUGAAGGACAGAGGUCGCGAUCAGGGAGCAAGGAUGUCCCCUCGACCCCACCCCCUUCACCGUUUGACAGCAUGCUGCCGACCACACCCAUAUCAUUUGAUAUGAUCUCUCCAGGGGAACCAGUGCCCCCCUCCUUGGUCAAAGCCAGCCCCACCCAGAGGGACAAUCCACCAAGAAGGAUCAACCCUUUCAGUGAACCUGCUGGGCAGAUAAGAGUGGAACAGAGUAAAUCCAGUAUCCCAGGAUUCCUUCAACAGUACGUGGUUCGCUUCCUUGGGUCAAUGGAGGUCAACCGAGACAAAGGCUUGGAUGUACUUAUGCAGACAAUACGACACAUCAUGGCUGCCCGGGCGAUACACAAUAUUUUCCGAAUGACAGAAUGUAAUCUGAUCAUUACAAAUGACAGCAUAAGGUUAGAGGAUCCUAGUAAUAACUCACUGAGGGCUUAUUUUCACUUGAAAAACAUCUCUUUUUGGGCUGCUCACCAGGAAAACAAAAGGUUACUGGCGUUUAUCACCAUAUCACGACCUGCCGACGCGGGUCGACCGACGUACACAUGUCACGUGUUUGAGACGGACAGCGGGGGUGAGGAGAUCUGCCAAUCUUUGAGCAUGGCUGCAGAAAUCUGCUUCCAGGCCAUCCUGAAGAUGAGGACGUCUGGAGGGGCGGGAGACGGGUACGGAGGGGACAUGUCAAUGACCCCUAGCGGGCAGGUAACAGGAGGUCAUUAUGGGUCAUGAUGGACGCUGCUGCUCGCCUUCAUUGUUUGCAUGAGUAGCUGAACAAGAAUAGAAAGCAUAGAACUUCCCAGCACCACAGAGGGCACCACGGCAUCCAUGCCCCCUCCUUCAUCACUACCCCCUUCCAUGGAUCCACCACACCCCAUCCACACCUCUCCCCCUCCCCCUGGUGAUGGUCUCACCCCACCCCUCUCGGCCUUGGAUCUCAACAGCAAUCAGAAUGCCAAUAUUGCCAUGGCGAUCCCUGAUGCCAAUUUUCCAGUCAAUGUUGUGCUGAAUCUUGGAGGGACAACUUCCAAGGAAUCACAAGCUUAAUAAUAUACCUAGGAUUUUUCCUUUCUGCAUUAAAUGUAUGUUUGUAUAGAGAAACUAUAAUCAAAUUUCAUUUACUAUGAUUUGUAUUGUUUUGUUUUGUUGAAGUACAUGUGCUAUAUAAGUCAUUUUUAUUUCAAGAAGCCCAGUGGUAUAAUGCUAGGAUAAUGACAGGCCAAACAAGUUGUUAUUAUAGAGUUAUUUGCUCACAUGUCAACUAUUUACACAUGAAAUAUAUUGGAAAUGUCAUAUUUUUUCCAUUAGAAAAAUAUAUAUAUAUUCGGUCUGUUUUAUGUAGUGACAUACCACUUGCUCCUUUGAUAAAUACUCCUUAUUGUAAUUUUAGAGAUGUGAUAAGAGUAAAUGAGGAGAGUAAGGGUUUGAUUUGAGAUGUCCAUGUCAACUGAGCAAAUGUCAUUGUCUUGAUUUAUGUCAUAUUAUAAAAUGGAACUUAAUUCUGCAUAAUAGCAUGACAAUUUUUUAUUUAUUUCAAAGUCAUAUUUUCAGGAGAGACCAAAAAAUGGUUGCCUUAACACUUUAAACAGAUAUUUAUCCCUUUGACAUGUUUUUUCUUGUAAUAAUUUUUUUUUGAUAGAGAGCUAUGAUUUGGUCCACAGGAUAUUACCUAUUGUGUCAUUAAAAAAGUGGACAUAUUCAAUUCCUCUUCAAAUUUGUUAUGUUGUGGGUAAGAGUGGUUGCCUUUUUUAUUUGCCAAUAAAGAAUAGUUUUAAAUGUUAAUAUUUCCUUCUCGGUUAAAAAUUCCUAAACUUGAUCAUUUUUUAAAGAUGUUUUUUUCCUUCAUUUAUAGAGAUAGUAUAGUUUGGAAAAGAUAGAAAUUAAUAUUGUGAGAUUACAAAUGCUUUUAAUGAUAUUCAAGGAGGCUAUUGUAGAAAAAAAAAUUAGCCAAAUGCUAAUUAUUGAUCUUCAAAUGCCCUCAUAUUUAUUAAUUAUAUCAUCUACAUGUAUGUGUUUCUGUGUGCAUUAAUAUGUCAACAUUCAAACUCGCCAGAGUUUAAUCAAUUUGUUCCCAUUUUAGUGAUUCCAAAACUUUAUAGCACAAACCACCAGUACUUUCCCAAUAUUUUGAGAUAGUUUUAUCCUUUAUUUGAAUUGCAUAAGUUAGUUUAAUUUGACUAUCCAUAAACCAUAUAAGUUUUCAUCUUCUUAUAAAGAAACUACUAAAUCAUGGCAAAAGAGAAGGACCUCCUUCUAGGGAGCUGAUGAAAUAUUUAUAUAGACAGGGUAUAAAAUGAAAUUAUACCUUGAAAAUUCUGCCUUAAAAUCUUAUCAGGGUUUUUCUAUUUUGAUGACUGACAUUGAUAUAAUUUUCAUUAUGGAAAUAUUUUUCUGUAACUACCAAUGUUCCAUAGGCCACCUGCUUGAAGUCUACAUAUUUGUUCAUAUUCCUGAAAUAGUCUUAAUGAUAGAUGAGUAUGUUUGUCUCCUCACAUCUUUCAGAUUUUACUGUCAAACGUUGAUCCAAGAUGUAAGUGAAACAUUGUUCUGACAUUAUAGGCAUCGCGGCCACAGUAAUGGUUAUAAGAUAACAGAGCCUCAAUCGGCACAUUGUUAGUGCUAUCAACAAUUGUGCAUGGCUGAUGCUGGCUGACACUGGUCCCAUACGAUGUAACCCUGUUUAGUAAUAUUUCAGUCCAUGUCAUUAUGACAAAGGCCCUGUAACACAAAACUCAGUGAUUGAUUAUAGAGCCAAUUUUUAUGGUUGAUUUGCAAGUUUUAAAAGAUCUUUCCAUGCAACAAAUUGUACAGAUGUACUGUAUGAUUUGUUGCCAAGCUUUGUAUUACAUGUAUUUGGUCUUGUCGCGACUUUUUUUCUGGGAAUCAGGUAGUUUAGACAUGGACUUCAAUGAUAAGCAAAUGUUUUCACAGGUAACAGCACAGUCAUCCGUGCUUAUGAUGCAUGUGCCAUUAUGUCAUAUCAGGCAUGCAAUUCCCAAGAGAUUUAAAAAAAAUUCCCUAAAAUUUUUUGUUUCACACUUUUAUGCUGUCCAUGCUUACUUAACACUUCAUAUUUAUAGGGGUGGGAGAGGGGACAAAAAAGUAUAUCCAGGGAUGCUUGCAUAUUUCAGUAUUUUGGCAUAGUUUAAUAUAUGUCUCUAUAUUCAACCAAUCAGAUCACAUGUACCUGAUCAUUGUACUUAGUAUGGUCAUGGAAAUGAUUUUUAAAUCAGGUUCCACAAUUGCCUUUAAAAGAAGUGUGAACACAGUUACUGUCUGAUUUAGUUUUUGUCAAUAAUGACUCACAAAAGUUCAUACCAGUUUGCAGAGUACACUUGAAUGAGAAACAGAAGGUGCUGAUGAGAAAAGUUGAAGCUUUUGUUUUAAUCUGAAUAGUUAUAAUUACGUAUCAAUUAUCAUCCAUGGGAGAAGGGGGGGGGGGGGUGAAAUUUGGGCCCCAUAAAACAAAGCUAAGUAACUGAUUGUACAUCUUAUUUGUGUGAUUGAUUGCACAUAAUUAUCAGUGCAAUCCAUCGUUUAAAAAAACAGCACUGCAAUCAAUAAGUUUUUGUGAUAUGGGAUCUUGAUUGCUGUAGCUCGAUCAACAGUUGUGCCUUGUCAUAUUCAUAUCAGUACAUAGUGCUCAAAAGGCCAGCUGUGAAAUAACUGUAAAUGAUGAUUACUCAUUUUUAUGUAUGUGAAAUUUAUGUAAAAUUCUAUGAUGGUUGUAGCCAUUUUGUACAGUGUAAGGUAAGAUUGAUAUAAUCCAUGUCACAUAUUCAUUUUAUGCAAGAUGUUAUAAACAUUUGAUACUUGUUGAAAAUUCUAUAAUAUCGGCCUAAUUUGUACUCUGUCACAAAAAAUAUUUUUUAUUUUGUUGCAAAUAUUUGCUUUGGUACAGAAAGCGCUCCAUAAGAAUUAUUCUUUAAUGAAAUAUAAAAAAUAUUUCAAAUAAUUUGCGACCUAUAUAUUUACAUCAUUUUCCUCUUUGACAGAGAUUAUCAUUAUAGAGUAAUUUCAUUCUUAGGUGUUCUAGUCUACACAUUUUACCAACCACUUAUUCAAUUGGAUGAAAGUAUACACUAUUACUGUACCAGAUACAAAGAAAUGUUAUGGUGAAAUGAUAUUCAGCCGUUGAUAAGUGCAUGCAUGCAUAAACAGCAAUUUUGUAAUAUUUUUAUCAUUGCAGAUGGGACAAGACAACCCUCUCCCAUAGGAUCCUGUACUAAAUAAAAUUUGUGGGUAGCACCCCCCCCCCCCAUUGUUGCCCAUGGCUGCAUGAGCAAAUACAACAAUAUCAUGAACGCUGUGUCAACCACAGAUAUUGUCAACAUAUUCAAAUUUAAUCUAAUUGUUUUGAAAAUUUGAUAUUGAAUUUUGAAAAAUAUGAGCCAAUAUUUGAAAAAUGUAAUCAUAUUUGAUUGUUGGUUCUUGGAACUCUCAUUUUGAAUUUUUUGUUAUUUAAAGUUUCAGAUUAUGUGUACAAUACAAAAAGGAACGUAAUUUACUGAAUUAUAUUGUCUAGAAGGAAUAUGUCACAAUGAUUGUAACAUAUUUACAAUAUUUGUAAAAUUAUAUGUUUAUAAUUUUGCUAAACUUGAUAAUCUAAAUGUAUAUUUUGAGGCUUCUCUGCCAAGUCCUUUUCCAAAAUUUUGAUGAAUUUGUUUGUAUUCUAACAAUGAAUUGAUGUCAUGAAUUUAAAUAUUUUUGUAUUUAUUGAUAAGUUGAUGAGAUAUGAAAAAAAUAUAUAUUUGUAAAGAUAUAAAUGAUUGAUUUUUUUUUAAAUAUAUAUUGGAUAUUCAAACAUUGAACCAGUAAUUUAUUUGUUGAUUUAUCAGGUUUAUGAAGAGCCAGUAAGAUGUACCACUUCUUCAUGUUUUGUAAAACUUGCUUUCAAUAACAAAUGCUGUAUAAAUAUUUUUCUGGGCAUAUCAGUGUAAAAUGGCAUGAUUUUGGUAGCUUAUUUACCUUUUAAAGCAACCACAUUUGUGAUUUUUUGUCUAAUGAAUAAAAAUAAUUUCAAAUGCAUCAGAAGAUUUAAUAUUUAUCUGAUCUUAACUAUAAUCUGCUAUCUGUCUUUCAUUUGGUAACACUGCCCUUUAAUACUUUUUGAAAUCAAACUAGCAAACUUGUUCAUCUUUUUAAAGUCUUUUGGUGUAUGUUUCCAGUGUGGUAAUCCAAUUUCAAUCCCAAUGCCGCACCUGUGUCCUUUGGCAAGGCAUCAAAAUUGAUUUUGCUUCUCUUUACCCAGGCGUUCAAUGGGUACUCAUGAGGAUGAGAAAGCAGUAAUAUAGUAUGCAUAACAAUUGAUCUUUAAAUUUCUUACUAGAAAUCUGCCCAGGAGAGAAGAAAAUACAUACAUUGUGUAUGGGCAAGCAUGUCUGUAAAGUCCCAAUAUAUUAAGCUUUUUUAUGAAAACUGAUUAUUAUUAUUAAUAUCAUUAUUC